CUAACUUACACGUUAGAUGGAAGUGACAAGAUACAGAAAAUAAAUAAAAAAAUAUAUGAAAAAUGACUAUUAUUAAACCAAAUAAGGACAUAGUUCAUGUUUUAUAUGUUGUAUGUAUAUUCUUUUUGUUUGCUAAAAAGUAAAGUCGAUUAUAAGCGUAUAUGUUCACUAGAGGAUUCACGUUUCCACGCCACACUUGUGUCCGCUGCAUACUGGAUCACGAUUGGCUCCAAAGUAGUUGUGAUGUCACAAAUAAUGCCAGUACAUAUGUAUGUGUGUUAAACUGAGAUUUAAGGCUCCUUGUGUCAAACUCCGCUCAUACAUGAUUCUGCACAGUGAAGCUCAAACAUCUCACUGAACUCACAAUAAGCAAACACAUUUUUGAGUGGAGGGGUUGGUACCUCCAGGACCCCAAACUUUGAAGGUUAAACUAGCGACUAAUCAAGUUGAGAGGCAUGUUUGCUGCUGUUUUAGCUGUAUCUUUGUUUCUGUAGUUAAUCUUAGUUUGGUUAGAUUUAUCUUAUACACCUGCCUUAAAUGUAAACCUAAGAAUAGCUCAUGUACGUCUUCUUCCAGCCUCAUGCUUCUUUUCAAACAGCUCUCAGUGUGAUUAAUUUCCACACCUGCCCCACUGUUUAACUUAAGAUUAGAUCACUGCCCGUCAGCCACAGUCCUGCUCUUUCUAAGCCCCCCGCACUCAAUAUCUUAGCAAAAUAUCAAAAUAUGCCAGUGUGGGUUUAGACAGUGAUAACUAAUAAUGUCUGUCAGUGCUGUAGCCAGGGGCAGAGAAUGAGACUGUCCUCACAAACCAAAGCCAACAGUCCAUUAGCGCAGAAUGCUAACAGUCAGCCAGACUCUGGGAAAUCUCAGAACAUUGUCAAGGUCCGUGUGGAGACGACCAGGGCCGGCUGACCCAGAGCAAGAAGCACCUUAAUCCCAGUCGUGUGUGGGUGUGUCUCAAAGGAUAAAGAAAUGGACCCACAAUCCUUCACUCCUCCUGAACACUGAAGACACCGGAGAACCAGAGAGAACAGGGAUACAGAGGAGAGAUUUCUUCAUCACCCGAUUUGUGGAGCUUUAACAUGGGAUGAGCUCCUGACAACGGUGACUUAAGUGCCUCUGGAAAGGAACUUCCUGUUUAUGGCCAGCUGUGCCCUGUGUAUCCUGACCGAGAGCCCAACCAGAUCCUGGCCUCUGAGCUCUGAACCCUAACCCUGGAGGGGCAGGGGGGUCGACAGGGAGAAAAUGCGGUGCACCACCCUCUUGGCCCUGCUGACCGGAGUCAUGCUGUACCUGGUGAUGGGAGCGCUUGUUUUCCGCACCCUGGAGGCCCCUGAUGAGAAUUCGGCGUACAAAGACCUGCUUGCUACCAAGCACACGUUCCUCGAUAAUAAGUCCUGUGUCACCGAGCUGGAGUUCCACAAGCUUGUGAAGGGAGUGGCGUCUGCGGUGGAAGCAGGCCUGGAUGUGCGCAGCCUUCCUGCCAACUUCACCAGCCGCUGGGACCUUGCCUCCGCCUUCUUCUUCUGUGGCACCAUCAUUACCACCAUAGGUUUUGGGAACCUGUCUCCUCGUACGUGGUAUGGCCAGUUGUUCUGUGUGUGCUAUGCCCUGAUGGGAAUCCCCAUGUUUGGCAUACUGCUUGCUGGAGUGGGUGACCACAUGGGCACAGUGCUGCGGAGAGCUGUGGCCAAGAUUGAGACCCUCUUCCUGGUGAGAAUGAAACGUAAGGUCAGGCCGACUACUGUGCGCGUGAUCUCAGCGGUUCUCUCCAUCCUGAUUGGUUGUCUUAUUUUCCUCGCCGUGCCGACAGUCGUGUUUCAGAAAGUGGAGGACUGGUCGUUUCUGGAGUCGCUUUACUUUGUAGUCAUCACUCUCACUACUGUUGGCUUUGGAGACUAUGUACCAGGUGGCGGUCGUGAGGGCAUGUUCUUCAAGCCUCUGGUGUUGUUGUGGAUCGUGUUUGGUCUCGCUUACUUUGCCUCCAUCCUCACCAUGAUCGGCAACUGGCUGAGGGUGCUGUCUAAGAGGACCCGUGCUGAGAUGGAGGAGUUGAGGGCCCAUGCUACAGACUGGACCCAGAACAUCCAGAACAUGUCCAUGGACUUCCGCAUCCCGAACCCUCUGGAGUUCAACGACCCCUUCCUCCUGCAGCGCCGGCGCUGGAAACGCAGCGAGCGUCGUCGCAUCCGCCGGGGAGCCCAGGUCACUCUGGGACACUGGGCUCGAGGAGCAUCUGAGAAUGGACACCUACCGAACCGCUGGGCCGGCCUCUCCAACUCCAUGAGCCAGCUGGAGGCCCAUUCGUCUCUUGAGAGGGCGGCGGUGGCCAAGUCCAUACCACGAGUCGGUGCUGCUGGAGGUGGAACAGGUCCAAGACUGGUGCCCGGAUUGAGGGUUGACCCCACUGUGGGCCUGCAGGUGGAGGGCAGGCCAUUUCCUCACCUGCUGGCCCGCUCAUUCUCCCUCCCUGUGGCCCGCUCCACCUUAGAGCUGGACUCAGCAGGUGCAGCCUUGCAGGGAGGAUCUAUGUCUGGAUCUGAGUCUCCUUUUGAUUCCAGAUCAGACGUCUCCUCGGUCUCCUCGUCCUUCUUGGCGCUCCACAGGUUCCAGCCCUGUUGUACGGUCAGCAGCAUGGAGGAGGGAGGAGCGAGAGCCACAGAAAUGAACACAACACAAAAGAAAAACAGGCUGAUUCUAGCAGAGAAAUAUGAAUCUGCAGCAAACAAUAGCCACAAACACACACCUGCCCCUGUUUUUGUCCCUCACUCCUCUACUCGUCCCCCUUUUAUUCCUUCUUCUCGCCAAUCAAUCGUCCUCCCCUCUCCUCCCCUCAACAUGGCGUCCUCGGCCAGCUGCCAGCUGCUGGAUUUCUUCGGAGAGAACCUGGCAUACAUCGACGAGUCCUCAGACACUCUAAGUGACCGCGCCCAGCCAGCAGCAAGCGAGGGGAGGAAGAGACGACCACGAAAACCGAAGAGGAGGAGCAUGAGGAAGCAGCUGUCAUACAGGUGGAGCCCCACGCAGGUGAGGAGGUCCAACAGUGACAUGCGGCCACCUUCGAAUCCUCCCACACCACCUCCAGACUCUUCCCUGUCAGACCUGCCCCCAUCAGAGAACCAGACAGAUUCAGCUCAGCCACAAAGUCAAGAUGUGACAGAACAUAAUAGUUAACAACAGACCUGACGUUCCUACCACUCUGAACAUGUUUAUGCUUAGCCUCACAAAGUCAGCACACACAUUUUACUUUGUUACUUUGUGAUCUGUUGAUCUGAUGUUUAGCUGGUAUAAUAUUUAUCUUGUUUGCACUUGAAAAGAAGACAAGUCAUCAAAGUUAUUACGGGUCUGUACCAAUACCCACACUUGCAGUCUCACGCACCAGCAGGUUGUAGGUACCACAUCAGAAAAACACAAACACACCAUACACUUUUUGCACUCUUUACCUUUUCAAAGCUGAGAGUAUGAAAUACAUAUAUUAAAAAUAUAAUGACACAGAAAUCAUCUAGAGUCUAUUUUAUGUACAGCCUUUUUACAGUACAUGCAUAACUAUAUUUAAUUUAAUAUUAUUAACUCCUUUCAGCUCCUUAAUGUGCGUUUUUGAUGUGAUUGUACGGCUGAGCUCAGUUGAGCCUUUCUGUGAGCGACUGGAUGUCCUUGUUAAUCGAGGCAGAGUCAGCUCUGAUAAACUUCCACAAGCUUGUGAUCUUAACAGACACUUGAGCAAUGCGGCAAUUAUGGGAAAAUGCAUCACACAACUAGACAUUUGGGUACUACACAAGUAUGGGUAUUGGUUAUUUCCUGGCAGUCCAUCCAGUAGACCAUCAAAAACAGAUUUUGAAAUAACGAGAGUGAUAAAAGGCCCCUUAAUCACUCUUCCUUUUAAAGUCGACCACACCUGGUGUAACCAGCUGGUCAUAAGUUUCAGUGGUUUAAAGAGGCUGAGUCACAUCAUUAUCCAUCAUUACACAUAAUUAUCUACUUUGUUAAUCUGUCCUUCAGCCGCUGAGCUCAAUCAAUUCUCAGCACACGUAUUUAACUCUGAAUCUCAGAUUUAAGCGGCUUUGUGAGGCUAACUUUUGGUGACUGACUGAUUCAGUGCAGGGCUUCCCACAGUGUUUUAUAGCUGAGGUGGGCCACUACGCUCGACUAGAAAUAUAUUUAAUACUUUUGUGACAUUAAAAGGGAAAAAGAACACAUAAGCAAGAGGAGUUAAAAAGUGUGACUUGUUUAGGAUGUCAUCUAGUCACAAAAUUGAUCUGGGUGGCAAACCACGAUGGCUAAAAAAAAAAAAAAAACUCUCUGGGGAAAACCCAGCAGUGGGUGGAGAACCGGAACCACAACAACAGUACAAUAGUAUCAAAGCACGACAGGGCCAUCAUUCACCCUCAGAGCAGUGUCAGUCUGUGUAGUGCCGUCGUCCUGACAAUGGAAAACUGAAACUGUCCAGUUGUGUGAGGGAUGAAGCAGGUGGCUACUGCUCUUCAAUGUCUUAAAGGGUUAAAAAGGGUAAAGGUCAGACCGAGUUGCUGUCCACUGCUUUGUGUUAAAACUUGUGUGCUCCUUACACCCCGAUAAGCAUCUUUGUAUGCCUGCCUUGAAUGUAAGUGGUCAGAGGGCUAUUAAAGCAACGCUGAGGUUAUUAUUAAGUUUGUGGUGUUUACCAACUAUACUAUCAAGUGUCCUUAAGUCACUGUUGGCAAGAUUCUGCUUGUGACCACUGUUUGUUAGUGUUUUUAUUAUUUUUAAAAACUCUGCCCCUUUGCCAAAUAAAUAACUGCAAGUUAUCUUA